AGCGCGCCGUAGCUCACGCCGAGUGCCCUGCAGCCACUGCAGCAUCGAGCGUGUACGGGCGCUGCAGGCUCGACGUGAGCGUCUGCAGUGCUACGCCCUCUUUUGCUGCGGCUUCGGCCGCGCUGCACCUGCGCGGCGGAUGCAGAGAUGAUGUUCGCCCUGCUCCUCUCUUGUGCCUGUGCGAAGCGCGCGACAGGAGGAGCAGCGUGGCUUCGUCCCGAGGGGCAGAGGCGCACGCCUGAGGCCGACACGGCGAGGACAAGAGCGCCCCGCUGCGCAUACAGCGGCUCGCUUUGCUGCUUCAGCGCCCACGCGCGAUUGCAUGCUGCUGAGGCACACUCGGGCUGCAGCAAGAGUGCGCAGACGGCGGCGGCGGUGCGAGCCAGCCGAGUUGCUGAGUGGAGGCGCGCAGACGGCAGCGGAGCAGGCGGGCUCGGCGGAGUGCGAGUCGAGCGGGCGGCGCCGCGGCGCUGGCGCAGCGGCGGCAGCGAUCUCUGCGCGCGCGUCUCUCGACUUUGUCGCCUCCACCGCUCUUUGCCUGUCUCUCGUCUUUCGCAGCACGCCUCUUGCGCUCAGCUCUCACUGCAGCGCGUGCCUCGCCACAUCACACCCGUCGUCAACAGGCCCAGGCGCACCCUUGCUCCACGCUCGGCCCGCAGCACCAAUGUCGGCUCUCGUGCUCCCCGGCGAUCGGCUGCCUCUCUCUUCUGCGGCGCACGUCAAGCUGGGUCCCGGGUUGGUGCAUGCCUCUGCCUCUGCCUCCUCGUCGAGUGCAAGUGCUGCGACCGUGCUGCACAUCACGCGCGCCGGCUUGCUGGCGCGCACACAGGCCGGCAAGGGAGCGCAAGGCCGAUGGGUCGAGACGAAUGCUCGACGAUAUAUCCCUUCUCCCGGCGACUCCAUCGUCGGCCAAGUGACGCACCGCUCCGCAGACGGCUACCUGCUCUCUCUCGGCUCGGGCUGCGCCCACAGUGCCACGCUGCCGGCGCUGGCGUUUGAGGGCGCGACGAAGCGCCAGCGCCCCAACCUGCGCGUCGGCGCCCUCGUGUACGCGCGCAUCGCCGCCGCGGAGCGCCAUGCGGAGCCCGAGGCGACGUGUGUGGAUGCAGAGACGGGCAGGGCAGAGGGCUUUGGAGAGUUGAAAGUGGACGAGGAGGGAUGUAGUAUGUGCUUCAAGACAACGCUGGGCUUGGCGCGCAGUCUGCUACGACCUUCGCAUCCUCUUCUCCCUGCGCUCGCCACACAUUUCCCCUUCGAAGCAGCCGUCGGGCACAACGGCCUGAUCUGGGCGCGCGCGGGGGAGCACAGGCACCUCAUUGCGUUUGGCGCCGUGCUGCGCGCCGCAGACGAGCACGUGCCGAGCGCCUCUUCUGCCGCUGCGGCGAGUGGGAGCAGCAAGAAGAAGAAGACGCAACAACAACAGCUGCUGCUGGAGGAAGGAGCGACGCAUGGCAUGGACGGCGCGACGCUGGCGGAGAAGAGAGGAGCGCUUUCAGAGGCCGAGGUGAGACGCAUCGUGGCGAUGUACACGUGAAGGGAGAAGGCGCGACCACACGACAUUUCAAGCAUCGAUACACAUUCAGCUGCGCUGCGAUGUGCACGCGAGGGCAAGGGCCUUUGCACGCACGGGGGGCUAGUUGCACGGCUGCUCGAAGGUAGAUGGGGGUGAACUACACGGCGGCUGGGAAGAGCGGGAGCGACCUGGCUCGCCAAACUUGUGCCGCCUGGAGUGUGGCGAAGAGAUCUAUGCGGAACGGGGAAUGGCGCAGUGACAUGCGCGAGGCGACGAACGCGCGCGAGAGAGAGAGGACUAGAGGUGACACGG